GUUCUGAGUGGCAUACCCUCCCGUGGCGUCAAGCAAGGUAGCUUCCCACCCUCCAGAUGAACCAUGAUCUGUGCGGAGAUCGGCUCUUGCACUCGACCACUGGGGAGACGCCAGUGGGGCCUCGUCAAGGGCGCGAACAACCGACUAUCGAAGGGAUCAUCGCGCGAAUCGGCGAGAUUUCAGCUCAGCUGAGAUCUGCAGCCACAACACUCUUUCAGAGCCAUUCACAAUUCGUGCCAUCUCUAUGGAGGUCGCACGGGGGAACAGACACGCCGCCUGCCCACCAAAAGUGUGGAGGCUGGCGUGCUGGCUUAUAACAUAGGCUUGCAUUCUCCAGUCGAUUUGAAGCUGUCAGUUUUCCUGCUCUGUUCGCCUUUUCAACAACGCAGCCAUGCCAUCAGCUAUUCCCAAGCCCCCGGGGGUCUUCCUCCUCGGCAAUCUUUUUGAUGUGAACUCUGGCAACCCUUGGAUGUCAUUCAACAAACUCUCGAGCAAAUAUCGCCCUAUCUGUAAGGUCACUAUUCUCGGUCACGACAUUGUUUUGGUCACCGGAGCCGCCCUUCUUGAAGAAAUAUGCGACGAGAAACGCUUUCGCAAAGCCGUCAACGGGCCUAUUGUCGAAAUUCGACAGCUCGUGCACUCGAGUCUCUUCACGGCUUACCACAGUGAAAUGGAUUCCUGGGGAGUCGCUCACCGAAUCAUGGCACCUCUCGUUACGCCAGAAGCUGUUGCACAGGUCUUCACGGACAUGGGAGAGGUCUCAAACGACCUGAUUAGGAAAUGGACGGCUGGAACGCGCCAGCGUGUCAACGUCACUGACGACCUGGAUCGUCUUAACCAUGCCGCUAACAUGCUUUGCUUUUUUGAUCAACGACUCCAUUGCUUGGAGGGCCCAGAGCCGUUGGUCAUCAAGGCUAUGGAGGGCGCGACCACCGAAGCGGUCCGGCGGCCCAGCCGGCCCAGAAUUCUGAAUUGGCUCUUCUAUCAACGCAAAUUCGACAACCUCAUCAAGUCCCUGCGCGAUUAUUCGGCCGAUUGCAUCGCGCACCGACGCGCAAACCCGUCUGCCAAGAAAGACAUGCUACAUGCCCUUAUCGAGGGCAAGGACCCAGAAACUGGCAAGGGUCUCGACAAGACCCAACAGAUCGACGAGAUCAUCAACGUCUUCAUCGGCAGUGCCACCGCACCAAACCUUGUCGCGUUCGCCCUUUACUACCUCAUGAAGAACCCGAAGGAGAUUGUGCGCGCACGGGAAGAACUAGAUGCUGUCAUCGGAGGACCUGGUACCCAAAUCGAACACGAGCAUCUUGCGAACCUCCCUUACUGCACUGCAAUCCUCCGUGAGGCCAUGCGUCUCGCUCCUCCGGCCCCGGGCUUCAACAUCGAACCCAUUCCCUCGAAUGAAGGUCCUGUCUACCUCGCCGGAGGCGAGUACGAAGUCCCGCGCGACCAACCCCUGUAUGCAAUCCUGUAUGGUGUGAACCGCGACCCGGCCGUGUUCGAGGACCCGGACGCUUUCAAGCCGGAGCGUAUGGUCGGCGAGAAGUACGAUCGUCUUCCCUCCAGCGUCAAGAAGGGAUUCGGCAAUGGUAAGCGCCACUGCAUUGGAAAGCAGUACGCGUGGGAAUGGUCGUUCUUCACGCUGGUCAGCAUCCUCAAGGAUGUGGAAUUUGAGUUGGCCGACAAGAACUAUGUCACCAACCCGGCCGCCGAGAACUAUAACGGGGCGUUCACCGUCAAGCCACUGGGACUUUUCGCUGUCACCGGGCCCCGCCCUAGAGCGAGUUAGAUCUCUGGUCCUCCUGUUAGCUAUUCUGUCUCCUGCCUCAUGAUAUCCAAAUUGCGGUUGUAGUGUAUGCUACGCGUUUGCAUGUUCUUCAA